GCCCAUACCCAGGGAGCCAGAGAUCCACGCAGACGGUGCGCAAACCCGCCCCCGACCCCCCAUGCCCAACUCACGCACCUACCCCGCCCCGUUAGCCGCUGCUCGGCCCCGUUAUCCCGCCCUGACGUCAAGAGGCCGCCUCUGGUUUUACCCGGCUGGCCUCUCCGGGCUGAGCCACCCGCCGCUCGCCCGUGCGCCCCGGCUCCCCGUGCGCCCCUGCCCGUGCGCCCCGGGCGCGCCAUGGCCGCGGCGGUGGAGGCGGGGGGCUUCUUCCUGGGCUCCUUCGGCUGGGCGCUGCUGGGGGUGGCGCUGCCCAACAGCUACUGGCGAGUGUCCACGGUGGAGAGCACCGUGAUCGCCACCUCCACCUUCUUCGAGAACCUCUGGCAGAGCUGCGCCAUCGACUCCACCGGCGUCUACAACUGCUGGGGCUUGCCCUCCAUGCUGGGGGUGUCCGGCUACCUGCAGGCCUGCCGAGCCCUGAUGAUCACGGCGCUGCUCUUCGGCUUCCUGGCCAUCGUCUGCAGCGUGGUGGGGAUGAAAUGCACCAAGGUGGCCAACGGGAACCCCGCAGCCAAGGGGAAGAUGGCGGCCACUGGGGGCUGCAUGUUCAUCCUGGGGGGGCUGUGCGGGAUGGUGGCGCUCUCCUGGUACGCCUUCAACAUCACCCGCGACUUCUUCGACCCCCUCUUCCCCGGCACCAAGUACGAGAUCGGCCCGGCGCUGUACGUGGGCUGGAGUGGGUCCCUGCUGGCCAUCGUCGGGGGCGGCUGCCUCCUGGGGUCCUGCUGCACCCCGUCCUCGCAGGACAAGAGCUUCCACUACGCCCUCCCCAAGGCCGGCCCCAGUCGCCUGCGGAGGGGGUCCGACGCCAGCACCGGCGGGCAAUACGGCAAGAACGCCUACGUCUAGGGGUGGGAUCGGGGGGGGGACACCUGCCGCAAGCCCCCCUCCCCAUCUCCCACCCUGCACCGGACUCCGCCGACCCCGGCGCCUGGCUGAUCCCCAAGAACCAGAGAGGGGCAGGACCGUUUGACGACUUGCGAGGCCAGAAGACUCCGGUCGGUCGCCCAGCCCAGGACCCCCCCCCAGCCACCCCAGGAUCCCAGGGGGCGAGCAGCGGAAGACAAAAUACCCCCCAAAAAACCCGCCCCCCCCAUGUCCCUGCUCAUCUGACUUGGGGGGGGGAAGUCCUUCCUGACCCCAAAGCCCGUGAUCGGUUGGACCCAGAGCAUGGGAGCAGCCAGGCAGCUGGAAAGAGGGUUUUCGGGCCAGUAUCUCAUCUCCAGCCGUGGCUGAUGCCUCAGAGAAAGUUUGGGGGGGGGGGGGGGGGGGGGAAGAGGGAACCCAGAUGCACCUGGCUCAUUGGGCUGGGGGGGGGAACCUUCCUGACCCUAGCAGCAACCAGGUGAAGCCCUGAAGCAUGAGUCUAGAUUCGCGCUUCCCCGUGCAAAGAGGAAUUUUUCAAUGAGAUUUUUUUUUCCCCAUGGGAAAAGGCCGAUGUACGGAAAACGAAACUGUUUGGGGAAGGGGUCGGUUCCGCUUCAUUGCCCUGGGUUUUUUGGGGGGGGAGGGGGGAUUUUUUUUUUUUUUAAAAGAGGGUCAGAAAAUGUCAAAAGGGGGAAGUUCCACGGUUUUGGCUGGAAAGGCCGAUUCUCGUUCAAGUCCAAGCGGAGACAAAACGGGGAGACGCUGGCGUUUUCGAUUAACUCGAUCGGCAACGGCUCGGCUCCGGAACGUGGCUGCGAUUUCCCUGCCGGGGGUAAGGGGGGGCAUGUUGAUCAUUUCCCCCACCAGCUUGAAAACCCGCGGGGGCCCAGCGCUGCCGGCGGACCGGCUUGGAGGGGAGCGGCUCGGUCCCACCGGGAAGCGAGGGCGGCCUUCCCCGCCCUGGUCGCGCGCCGUGGGGCUGGGACGGUUCCAGGAGGCGCAGAGGCGGCUGGAGUCUGCCGCAAAGCCGGCACCGCGCUCUUCGGCCGCCUGGAGUUCGCGGGGGCCGGGGAGAGGCGGACGCGCAGAGCCCGACUUUUCCACCUGUUUUGUACAAAAUAAAUGUGUUUGAACGCAA